AUGAACGGCCACUGCAACGGAACCGUCAACGGCGCCACGGCGGAUUUCUGCAAUGGCUUCGGCGAGCUCAUCAUCGACAGCAAGAAGUCCGCUGCGCACCGCCAGCACGAGACCUCCCGCAAGCAGUCCGAGGACAAGAGCCGCUUACCGGCGCUGGAGACCGCCUACACCAGCAUCCUGCGGCACCUGGGGGAGGACACGGACCGCGAGGGGCUGCUGCGCACCCCGCUGCGCGCCGCCAAGGCCAUCCAGUUCCUCACCAAGGGCUACCACGAGACUGUGGAUGAUGUCUUAAAUGACGCCAUAUUUGAUGAAGACCACAAUGAGAUGGUGAUCGUGAAGGACAUCGACAUGUUUUCACUGUGUGAACAUCACAUGGUGCCAUUUUUUGGCAAGGUUCACAUCGGGUAUAUUCCCAACAGGAAAGUGGUGGGACUGAGCAAACUGGCGAGGAUUGUGGAAAUCUUUAGCCGGAGACUUCAAGUUCAGGAGCGUCUCACCAAGCAGAUCGCCGUGGGGAUCGCUGAUGCUCUGAAGCCCAAAGGUGUCGCUGUGGUCAUUGAAGCAACGCACAUGUGUAUGGUGAUGCGCGGCGUCCAGAAGAUUAACAGCCGCACGAUGACGAGCACCAUGCUGGGAAUUUACCUGGAGGACCCCAAAACCCGGGAGGAGUUCCUGAUGCUCUCGCAGCGCGCCUAGGAGGAGUCGCCCGCCAUCCAGUCUCAGUUUUUAACAGCACACUGACAGCU